AUGUCAUCUACUAUUUCAAACAAGGACGUUGCAUUAUCCGUGAUUGGAUUCUUGAAACAAGCUGUCUCCGAGAAAUCUAUUGCUCAAGACUAUGCUGAUUCUAUGGAUGUUGCCAUUGAUUGUAUAGCUGAUGCAUUUGAAGUUGGCAAAGAUGAUGAUGCUAAGGUUAUUAAGGAGAAAUUUGGAGGUAAAUCCUUAUCUGAGAUAUUGAAGGGAGUUCCCCUGGACCUCUUUUCCAAAGACGAAGCAGAGGCUUCUCCCGUGAUUGUUGAUGAAGAAACCAAGGCUAAAGCAGAUGAGUUGAAAGUUGAAGGAAACAGAUUAAUGGCGCUGAAGAACUAUUCAGCUGCUAUUGCCAAGUACACCGAAGCUAUCGGCUUAGACCCAACCAACGUUGUUUAUCUUUCGAACCGAGCUGCAGCAUAUUCGUCAGACCAUAAACAUCAGCAAGCAAUCGAAGAUGCCAAAAAGGCCAUUGAAUUGAAUCCAUCUUUUUCCAAAGCGUACUCAAGAUUAGGGUUAGCUGAGUAUGCUCUUGGCAAUCCAAGAGCUGCUAUGGAGGCAUAUCAAAAAGGUUUAGAUGUUGAAGGUGACAAUCAAACAGAAUCAAUGAGAAAAGGCUACGAAACUGCUAAAAAGAGAGUAGAGAGUGAUUUGGAAAACUCAAUCUCUACAUCCUCUACAGCCGAUAGAAGUAGUACUGAAACAGAUGCUAAUACAGCCGGUGCCGGAGGUUUACCAGAUUUCAGUUCAAUGUUUGGUGGAGCAGGAGGAGCAGGAGGAGCAGGAGGAGCAGGAAUGCCAUCGUUUGCAGAGUUGAUGAAUAAUCCACAAUUAAUGCAGGCUGCUCAACAGAUGAUGUCGAAUCCUGAAGCUAUGCAAAACAUCCUUAAUAAUCCCGCAAUUCGUUCAAUGGCUCAAUCCAUGGGAUUAGGAGGACCAAAUGGACCGGAUUUAUCAAACUUAAUGAACAAUCCAAUGCUUAACCAAUUCAUGGGCGGUAGAGGUAACAACAACGACAGCAGUAACAGCGGUAGCAACCAAAAUGAUGGCAAUAACGAGUCAUGA